CAACUUCGCAGAAACACCAAACACGAAUCCCAUUCUACAGCAGAUAAAGUCUUCGAGAAAUCCGAUGAUUAUGCGAGAAAAUUUCUCAAACGUGCGAGUGUUCAAUGGAUUCCGCAAUCCGAGAAGGCCUCCGCCGUUGACUGGAUACCUGAGCGCUGAUAUCGAGAAAAACGGUCUCGGGAUGGAGCCUUUGGGGGACAAGAUUUCGAACCUCACGUCCCACGCAAGCGGCUCGACGAGUGAGGAUAUCUCCGACUUCAAAAGACCUGCGAAAGCGAUUCUAGCGGCGACAUUGAUCUUACUGGGCUCGAGCGUCCUUGAUCUAUAUGCCAUACUCGGUCGAGGUCAGACUGAUCUUGAAAAGGCGUCUUCGGAUGACGGAGGCUUUCCCGUCGAAGCCCAUUCGUCUGAUGAGGGAUGGUAUUGGAUGUGGGGUGACAUUUUAGGAGCAAAUAUGACAAGCAAGGCUAUCCGUGUCCUCUCGAGCUCGACCCCCGCAGUGUUGAUCCUCGGAUUGGUUGCAUACGGAACUGGGGCGUCGACGUUAUACCAUCUGAACCAUCGAGACAAAUACCGGGACACCAUGCUUACUGGGAGCAUUUUGCUCGGGUUCUGUCUGGGCAUUGUAUGGGAGAUGGAUGGACAGACCAUCCUCUUGCGCAUCCUUCCCUGGACGGUGCUGGUCGCCCUCUGGCUCAGCAAUGCGAAACUCCGAUUCUACGAAACUUGAAACGGUAGUCUUCAGAGCAGCAAGUGUUUAAUCACCUGGGAACUAUCAAGGCCUGCUGGCUUGAUUUUCCUGUAGGAUGAUAGCAUGAAUUGAUUUGGAACAGAGACGGGCAUGAGGAGUUGUUUAAGAACACUGGUAGCAGGUUUCCGUGAAGUUGAACGGUGUGAGAACAUUGCUAUUAUCAUAGCAGAUGUGAUUCCAAGUUUGUGUCCGGGGAGAUGAUAGGGUUUCUUAUGCCUAACAGAGUUACUAAGGGAAUAAUGUCGCGAAUAUGAGCGAAUAUCAAAACCAC